UUACUAAUUCAUUACAUUGCAAAGGGGAGUGACGCAGUUAUUGUAGAUUCAUAGAUACUCCAUGCUUUUUUUGCCCCCUCCACAUAUGACCUGAAAUUACACAUUCCCCGAGCUUUAGCCGAAAAAAAAGCCACAUCCUCAUUAAGGGGGAGAAAAAAAAAAGGGAGAAGGAUUCAGGCUUUCGUCUGGAGCCUGUAUGUCGGUUCUCUGCGCCCCUUGAAUUUUGGAUGCUAUUCCGGUUGGAGGUUGCGGUACACCCCGAGGACUAGAUGCGAUAACCAGGACGAGACAUGCCGCAGCCGAAAUCACGAAAAAUCGCCAUCCUCGGGUACAGAUCCGUAGGAAAGUCCUCCUUGACAAUUCAGUUUGUGGAAGGCCAGUUCGUCGACUCCUAUGACCCAACAAUAGAAAACACGUUUACUAAAAUGAUCACGAUAAAUGGACAAGAGUACCAUCUUCAGCUUGUAGACACAGCAGGACAGGAUGAAUACUCCAUCUUCCCACAGACCUACUCCAUAGACAUCAACGGCUACAUUCUGGUCUAUUCAGUUACAUCUAAUAAAAGCUUUGAAGUCGUACAAGUUAUCCACGAAAAACUGUUGGACAUGGUGGGAAAAGUUCAAGUUCCAAUUAUGCUCGUCGGGAACAAGAACGACCUACAUAUGGAGCGAGUAAUCAGUUGUGAAGAGGGAAAAGCGUUGGCUGAAUCCUGGAACGCCGCCUUCAUGGAGUCCUCAGCUAAAGAGAACCAGACGGCCGUGGAGGUUUUCCGAAGGAUGAUCCUGGAGGCAGAGAAGAUGGACGGCGGCGUGCAGCCGGGAAAAACAUCCUGCUCCAUGAUGUAGAGCCGCCCAAUCAACACACAGGACACUGCACUGGGAUAUCCCGUUACUUGAAGGCUAGCUGCCAGUUCUCCUCCACCUCAGCUGACUCCACCCCCACCCCACCUUUCCCUCCCGUCCCCUCCCCUCCCUCCCCCGCCCCAGGGUCCUAAAUAUCCAAUACUGUCUAUUUAUGGCUCUGAUUCCACUGUUAUUUAUCAGUAUUCCCUUUUUGUCAUCCUCGUUUUUCUUUUGUGUGUUUGAUAAAAAAAAAAAAAAACGACGACAACAAACAAAAAAAAAAAGAAAGAAAGAAAGAACCGGAUGAGUGGUGGCUCCCUUGUCUUAAGCUGUAUUCCCCACAUUCCACCCCCGCCAUUUUCCGUGCUCGGCACUGAUGCAAAACACAGGACAUCGUAUGUGAAUGUAUCAGAAAAAAUGUGUCUCGGAAAACGACCGUAACCCAAGACUAGAGAUAGUAGUGGCUUGAUGCAUCUCGGCUUCUCAUUACGCAGCUUCCGUUUUAGGCUCCGGGCCCCUCUCUCCGUUUAGAUGACGCGGGAUGAAGAGAUUCACAGCGUCCGCCUUGCGCGCACCCCCAAAAAAUGGCUCGAACACAGACGUUUCUUCUGAUACAUCACCGGCCGUUUCGGUCCCUCCAGUACGCAGCCCCUUUUUUCUACUUCCAUCACUACGCAGUUCCCCCCGCUCCUCCUCUGUCCCUCGGUUUUGUUUUUCAUCGCGGUCUCUGUCAGCCAAAAUUAAAUUUAAAAAGAAAAAAGGAAAAAAAAUAUCUAUAUAUCUGCAUCCAUUUUCUAAUGUUGAAAAUGUUGUACAAAUGUUUUUGAUUGUAAUCAUUAAAGCGAAAAAGUGGUUAUGUAA